AUGUCCGGGCUCUCAGCUGUAUCUCUGCAACCUUUUGGGGAGCAGGAGCCCGACGCGGACUCGGCAGCGCGACCAGACCUGGCAGCGGCAGUUUUGGCGGACACGCCACCUGCUGAGCCGAACGCUGCAAAAAAUGUGGACAUGGGGAGCGAGCCGGGCAGCGAUGUGCGAUCGCUUCAGGGCAACCCGGACUCCGGGAACAUUCCAAGCCCCAUGAGCCAGGACGGCACCACGGUGCGAAUCUCCAUGAGCGACUCCUCCUUGCAGGAGCAGAUUCCGCCUCCGUGCGGGUGCCUGUCCUCAUCGACGAAGUCGAAGUCGCCGGUAAGGUCACAAGCACCAUUGCAACAGCCAGCCAGGCCACCGUUAAAAUGUGGGCGCUUGACGAUUUCUCUGUAA